GUAUGUCACGGACGCGCUUCUGGGGUUGCCUCGGAAUACACCAUUUCGCCACGCAUCACCCUGACAAACCUUGGCAUAAACAGCACCUCUUAAACGUUUCUAAACGGCGCGGAUAUCGAGUUGUGAGAGAUGUCCUCAGGGGACUCCACUCCAACCACACCGAGGACUCCUUCAGAAACGGCAUACCUCCCAGAAGUGGGAAGCGUGGUGGAGAUCAACGGGGUGAUUGGCAAGGUUCACUAUGCCGGAACAACGUCCUUCGCUACCGGAUUGUGGGUCGGUAUAGAACUUGAGGCACCCAAGGGCAAGAAUGAUGGUUCCGUGCAAGGAAUAAGAUAUUUUACGUGCGAAAUGGGAUACGGUGUAUUUGUCCGCCCAAGUCAAGUUCGGAGGCCAGAUGGCACCCCGAAGCCGGCAGGUACACCAACCUCCUCAACUCCAUCUGCGCGAAGUCGACCCACAUCCGCCCCACCUUCCCGCUCCACCACUCCAACCGCAAGAAACAUAUCGCAACGCACUUCAACCCGACCGUCACCUUCUCCUUCCACUGUGUCUCGACCUACAUCUGCUCCUUUGGGAACAGCUCGUACAGGUAGCGCCCGAAACUCCACUGUGGGUCCGACAAGAGUCCUAUCCCCAACCAGUGGCCUGCCUUCACCGAAACUACGAAACUCUGCCAUAUCUCCAGUGCCAAGGGGAGCAUCUCCGCCAAAUCCAUUAUCGCGGGGCUCAUCCAGGAGCACAUCGAGAAGUGGGUCGUUCUCCGACCCUCAAGAAGAACUGGAGAAGAAAAUGCACAUGUCUACUCCAAAAUCCGCGUUGAAAAGAAUAAGUUCGGAGCUAAGGGAAGAGGAGGCGCUUCAUACAGAAGAAGUCGAAGAGGUCCCUGCUCCUCCCGUGUCGGUGACGAGCCAGGUGUCACGUUUGGUGACAGCCUUAGAACCUCCAAGACCAAGUGACCAAGUGAGCUCUGCGACCACGAAUACAACAGCACGUCCUGCAUCUGCACUGGAUUUUGAGCAAGAUGAGCAAAUAAUACAGGAUGAGCAUAUUGCUCAAGUAACGGACGUCACGCCUCCGCUCAAUACCACGUACGAUCAUCCAGUUGUCGCCUCGUCUAUAACUAAUGUGAACGCAAGUCCUUCAAAGUUCAGUCAACUCGUUCCUCUUCGCGAUUUGGAAGAUCUUCGUAUUAAAAUUAAACACUUAGAAAUCAAACGCGCAGAAGAUCGAGAAAAACUCCUGGAAUUCGAGCGUCUGCGUACAGAGCUGGAUUCAGCGGUGGUCAUGCGAAGUAAACUGAGCGAAAAGCUACAGGAGUUGCAAGCUGAAAUGAAAGAUGCCCGACGACAGCUAAAAGAUGCAUUGGAAGAAAAGGACCAUCUGGAAGUACAAUUGGCGGAAACACAAGAAGGUAUGGAGAUGAUCCUCCUGGAUAAGGAGAUGGCAGAGGAAAGGGCAGAUUCACUUCAGGCGGAAGUCCACGCGCUCGAGGAAAAGGUGGAGGAACUUUCACUAGAUUUGGAGGUUCUUAAAGAGGAGGGCCAUCCAGGCGCACCCGCAGAUGAUGAGGCAAACACUGGGGAAUCGGAGGAGCGAUCCAGUGUAGCUUUUAUUCAGCUCGAAAGACAGAAUGAACGGCUGAAAGACGCAUUAGUGAAAUUGCGCGACGUCACCACGGAGCAAGAAGCGGUUUUGAAAGACAAGAUCGAGAUGCUGGAGAAAGAGGCUAUAGAACUCGCAGAGUACAAGGUCCAACAUGAGAAGGUUUCUGAAAAGCUUGCCGUUGCUGAGGUUACAAUCGAAGACCUGAAAGCAAUGAUAGAUGAUUCGCUUGGCGCCGAGGACAUGGUAGAGACUCUUACGGAAAGAAACAUGAUUUUGAACGAAAAGCUCGAAGAAGCAAAGGCUGUAAUUCAAGAUCUGGAAGCUCUUAAGGAGUUGAAUGACGAGCUAGAACAGGAUCAUAUUGAAACCGAAAAGCUACUGCAAGAGGAGAUUGAUUUAAAGGAUGGGCUCUUAGUUGAGCAGGGGAAACGAAUUUCUGGUCAAGAAGAGGCAUUAGCAGACUAUGAAAGAACCAUUGUUCAAUUCCGGGAUUUGGUUCGCACCUUGCAGAGCGAUUUAGAUCGGUUGCGUCGAGGGGUUGACGACGGGGCCCCAGACCAGAAGCAGCGGGACCUCGGCAGCCAAACUCAGGCCAUGGUCAACUUGAAUCUCCAAUUACAGUCGACAGCGCUGAAAGCGCAGGCCAGAGCUGUAGAGUUAGAAUUACGCAAGCUGGAUGUGGAGCAAGCCAUGCAGCAAUUGGAGAUGAUUAAGCCAUAUUUGCCGGAUUCCUUUUUCCAAACAGAGGUCGACGCCUUGUUCUGCAUUUUACUUUUCCGACGACUCUACUUCAAAGCCCAUCUCUUGGCUGAACGCGUCAAAGAGGUUGCAAAUCAGACUGACGAUCCCGGGGAAGCCGACAAAAGGUCUUUCUUGUGGCACAUCGUGGACAAGCUGGGGCAACUCGAUGGGCUGGCGCGUCAGUUUGAUGGGUACAUGGGGGGCUGCUCCGUUGACCAGUUCAUGAAGCUGGGCAAAAUGUACCCAGAGCUGACUGGUGCAGAGAAGAAGCUGGAUCAUCUCAUAGAAUUAGUGAAGAAUGAGGAGAUCAAGGGGAUUGCACUCCUGAACGAUUUGACUAAAUCGAUCAUGAGACUUGAACGUCUUGCUGAAGCCUAUCUGCGGCAGGGUGAUGGACCCAUAGAUGUACGAAGUCGACAGCAUCUCAUGCAGGCGUGCAUUGCGGCGGUAGGGGUAAGCACAGAGAGAGUGGGAGCUGAUGUGGAAAGAGUUGAUGUAGCUCUUACUGGCAACGAAGUGGAUGAUAAUGUGGUUGAUGAGACUUUGCCGGCCAGCAGAGGGGAGGUACUGACCCUAUGGGAAGAUGUGCGGAAGGUUAACGCCAGUGUUAAAGCUACUAGUAAAAAGCUUGAGCGUCGGUUGGAUGACAUGGCGAGACAAGGAUGGACCGUUCGGGCAUCUGCUACAACACUUAUCCUCGAUGUAAAUACCCAACGUCUGCGUUUGACGGACUUUUGCGACGCGCUGGCAAGUGAAGUGGUGAAACAUAUUCAGGAGUGUCGGAAGACCAAUCGACCAGUUGUGCCUCUGACGCUGCACAAAGCAUCCCGUGAUGCCGCAGAACGUAUCUUCGGAACAACCGAAGGAAUAUUCGGGACUGCACUUCUUGAAAAUCUCCAGAAGCUAGUCGAUUCUCUCGGUCAGGCGGAGACCGCUCUGGGUGAUGAUGGCAACUGGGAGAAGAUACCAUCCACGUCCGCUCCUUGGCUCAGCCGUGCUGAUAGAGUCAAGAGCGACUACACAGUCAAUUCCAACCUCCAAAAGCAAGUGGAGUCUUUGAAUGAGGAGGUCAUGACUUUGGUACGAGAAGUCAAAUCAAAAGAUCAGCUGUUGCAGGAAUCUGCAGUUAAAAUAGAGUUGCUCGAAAAGAGGAUGGAGAAUGUUCGCAAGCACGCUGAAACGAUAUCUCAUCUGGAAGACUCUCUUACCAAAACCAAGGAGAAGGCCAAGGUAUAUGAAGAGGCUGUCGAGUCUCUGCAUGCUGAUCUGGAGCAGCUGGAAAAUGAAAAUGAGAAAUUACGGAAGGUUGUGAAGAGAUAUGAGAGACAGCAACCUGGUGUUCCGGGGGUGGUGUCGCCGCGGUCAAUGCGAAUUGAUUCUACCAGCGACGCUGGGGCAGGCGCGCGAGGGAGAUCUGAGGAUGUGAUGCGGCCGGAAGGCGUGGAAUCGGUUAUGGACGAUAGUUUGCUGGCACAGUUUGAAUCCCUAAAAUCUGCCGUGCGUUUCCUACGGACGGAAAACUCUCGGCUCAAGGCGGACAAGGCCAUGGCAUCCUCCGUGACACUGUUCGACCCUCUGGAUCCGCUCAUGCGUCGCGGUUUACGACGUUCUGAUAUCUUGUCACCCGCCGCGCAAACUGCCGAUGCUGAUAGUCCAGAAGAACGGGAAUCCGUUCGGUCCCCAUCCGUUGAGGAUGGUUUAGCUCAAGUCAGACAGGAGGCUCGUAAGUUCGCCCGACAAGUAUCCUUGAUCGCUACCACACCACGCGUGGUCGAUGUUACGCGCAUGCCUGCUGCAACAGAGCGUAAGUGGUGGUCCUGCAGGGAUGAUCCCAGGAUCCAGAAACUGGCCGAGGAAGAAAAAGGUAGACGACUGUGGGAAAAGGGGAUGGAGUUACGGGAGAAGGUGCAUCGAGCUGUUGGAGCGACUUCUACAACGCUCGCAUCACAUGGCCCACGUUCAUUGCAUCAAGGCAAGGCUGGAGAAAUGCCACUUUUAGGACGAGUCCGAUUCCCAUGCACCUUGCCGGAAGAAUCCGGCCGACGUAAAUGCGUGGUCCUCAAGACGAGGAAAGAGUUUGAAGCGCUGCACGCGGUGCUCGCCAUAUGAUGGAAACCAAUGCUAUUGAAUUAGAAAAUAUUGCGAUACCUGCGGGUGUGCAAACCAGUUUACUGUUCAAUACCCAAUUAGACAACUGUACUGGAACUAUGUAGAUAGGUAAUGUAUUAAUGAGCUACAAUCAGCAGCAGAUCAGAUUUACAAAUUCGGCUGGCCCGAAAUGAAAAACCACUUGUCAACUGGAAAUAGAACGCCAAUUUAGGUCC